AUGGAUUUAGCACAUCAACCCUCACCAACAUUCCUGGCCGAAAAUCGAGGUCCAACUAUCCAAGCGACGGCCUGUCUAUUGAUCAUCUUUUGCACUACGUUCGUUGCUUUGCGCUACUAUUCUCGCCAUCUCACAAGCACUGCUUUCAAUAUUGAAGAUGUUCUCAUACCCUUUGCCUGGUUGGCUGAGGUAGGUUUGUGCAUCGUCGGUAUUGUGAUGGUAGAGAAAGCCAGCACAGGUCGGCACAUAGCCUAUAUUCUUUCCACGGAUCCGGCGAAGAUACGUGAGCACUUCAAAGGUAUUAUGAUACAAGAAGUCCUACAUCCAGCAGCUGUUGCAUUCCCGAAACUCGUAGUGGUACUGCUCUACUUACACAUCCUCACCAACAAGUAUGAGCGCAUGGUAGCUAAGGCGCUGGUUUUUCUUGUCUUCGCCACUUGGAUCUCUUUCACGGUAGCUGUUAUGUUCCAAUGCAUGCCUUUCGCUUUCAACUGGGACAAAAGCGAUCCGAAUGGACGAUGCUUCAACGUUCAGGUCUUCGCAAACAGCUCAAGCGUACCUAAUAUUGUUACUGACCUAGCUGUUCUCAUACUGCCCCUGAGAACAGUGUGGUGUUUGAAGAUCAGUAUUGGGAGAAGAAUUGGGUUAUUACUCAUAUUUCUUACUGGUAGCGUCGGCAUAAUCGCCUCUAUAGUCCGCACAGUGGUGUUCGCCCGAACCCUUGCAGAAGCUGGACCUCUUACAGAUGUGACAUGGAACCAUGUCUCUCUCACGAACUGGACGAUGAUAGAACCUGGAAUGUACCUUCUUAGCGCUUGUGCUCUCUCUUUCAAACCACUCCUCCGCUCGUUUGCCAAAGCCCUACACCUCCAAGGUUUCAUUACGCACACAAAAUCUACUGUUGGUGGAACAAAGAGUCAUGUCAAGAAGACAUUCACAUCGACCCAGACGCAGUCCGAGGUUUUCGAACUGGGACACAUGAGGAACGUUUCCGAGUUUGGCAAAUUCCACCGAUUAAGCGACGACAUAAAGAGUACCAGUACUGAAGGGAAUGCUGAAAGAAAGAUUGAAGUGACUGUAACGAAAACCAUUGAGCUGGAGUCGGAAAGGAGAGUCGACGAUGAGCGUUGGAGUCACCAUAGUUUUGCGAGCGACCAGUUUGGGAGGGCGGUGUGA